AUAUUUUAUAAAAAAAAUCCAAACCAAAGAAGAAACAUUAAAGUCAGCCGUCCUUAUUUGGUUGCACAUUAACUUUGUCCUCACUACCAUGAUGAUCUACACUUUUGAAAAGCGCGCACCAAAACUAACUCUUGUUUACAAAUCACAUAUGACCCUUAGCACAUCAACCUGCAGUAUUCUGAAGUAUCUUUAGUAGUAAAAAAUUUCACCCAAACAAAAACAAUGAGUAAUUCACCAAAUUAUCAUAUACUUCCUGCAUCAGUGAACGAGCAAUCAAAUAAUGCUCACUAUAACUUAAGCAUGCUCUACUGCGGAUUCUUCGUAAUUGCAACUGCAGGACUAAUCCUGGCGAUCUACCAUUGUAUAGCUCUCAAUUGGUGCACGGACUACCCGUCGACUUGGCCGAGAGCUAGCGAAGCUAUUGCCAGUGAUCAGAAGUUGAAAACUGUGAAAGUUAUGGAGUUGGAUUCUAAUGUUUUUAAGUACAAAGGUGGUGAAGAUAGUGAAGAGUGUGUAGUAUGUUUGUCUGUGUUUGAAGAAGGGGAAGAUGUUAGGGAGUUGGUUAGAUGUCAACAUUCUUUUCAUGCUCCUUGUAUUGAUAUGUGGCUUUAUUCUCAUUUCGACUGCCCGCUUUGUCGUGCACCGGUGGGUGGUCGAUGCGAAAGUCAAGGUGUUGCACUGGUUGAUAAUUCAGGUCCAGGUUUUUCUGAUGAUUUCAGUGUUCAAGUAGUAUGAUGUAUGAAGGCUCUUGUAUAAUCUUAGUUUAGCUCUUCCUUGUAUUUCAGUGUAGUUUUGUUUUGAUUUCUACUCAGGGUUGUCGUAUACUACUGUACAAAACUAGAAGUAUAGUUUUUUUCAAGACUAAGGAGAACUAUUUUACUCAGCUCAAGUACUCAAAGCAGUUUAAAGGCAAGUUCUUUUGAAUGGGGAACAAAUAAUGGAACAUUGAAAACCCUCAAAAUACUUCUAGUGAGGUUUAACUCUGAUUAUGUGGUGGUGUGAUAUAAGCAUUUACCAUUAGACCAAGUGAUUGAUAAAGUGUUUAAUUUAUUUAUUGUA